GCAAAAGCAAAGAGACAAAGCGGAAACCAUUUCCCCCCCAGAUUCUUACCACGAUUGAGAAAGUGUCUUCGACAGCGAAGCGUCUUCCUUCACCACCUCCAGAUUCAGCUCAAUUCUCCAGUGCCGUGAUUUUCUCGCUCCUUUUCCGGCUUGCCAAACGUUGCAGAUAAGAUUCAAUACAUAUGACAGCAGGAAUGUUAAAAUGGUGAAACAAUCAUUGUAGCUGAUCACACACUGAGGAAGUCAAUAUUUUGGUAGUAAUUGUACAACGCCACUGCUUGGUUUGACAAGUUGAAAAUACUGGAUUCAAGUGCAGUUCCUCAUGUAUAUAAACGAUUUUUUUGAAUUUGAUCUCCGUGAGUGCUGAUGCAUCCUUCACCAAGUCAAAAAUAUCUUUGGUGGUUCACUCUGGUGGGAUAUCUCUAUAUAUUUACCCCUUCUUUUAGUUCAGUUCAGUAUGCAAGCCAAGACACAAGAUUGGACAAAUGGUCACCUGACUCUCAGUUACAUAUUCAUGAUGGUUCUCAAAUCAGCACCACAAUCCAUAAGCAAGUUCCAACUUUAUCAUCCUCAUUAUUCGAUUCAGUGUCUUGUGAAGACCUAGAAGGUGUUGGGUCACUUAACACCACCUGUUUGCUACAUUCAAACUUAAACUGGGAUUCCGAUCUCUAUGUAUAUGGUACUGGAAACCUGGAGAUACUCUCUGAUGUGUCCAUUGUGUGCCCCAUUGAGGGCUGUACAAUUACAUUUAACUUGUCUGGCAAUGUUAAUAUUGGCCAGAAUGCAACAGUUGUUGCCGGUUCUGUAGUUUUCUUAGCUUCCAAUCUGACUAUGGGUUAUAAUUCUUCUAUAAAUACAACAUCAUUGGGAGGCUUACCACCUUCCCAAACUAGUGGCACACCAGUUGGCUAUGAAGGUGCCGGUGGAGGACAUGGUGGUCGUGGUGCUUCUUGUGUGAAAAAUAAUAAGACAAGUUUUUGGGGUGGUGAUGUGUAUGCUUGGUCUUCAUUGUCUGAGCCAUGGAGUUAUGGGAGUAAGGGUGGCAGAACAUCUCCUGAUACUCCAUAUGGAGGGAAUGGUGGAGGGCGUGUUAAACUUUUAGUAAAGGAUAUGCUAUAUAUCAAUGGGUCUGUAACUGCAGAAGGUGGUUUUGGAGGGUCAGCUGGUGGAGGAGGAUCCGGUGGAAGUAUAUUUGUGCAUGCUGUAAAGCUGAAGGGAUAUGGAACUAUAAGUGCAGCUGGUGGGACUGGAUGGGGUGGAGGUGGUGGUGGAAGAAUCUCUCUGGAUUGUUACAGCAUACAAGAUGAUCUAAAAGUUACAGUGCGUGGUGGUUUGAGUAUAGGUUGUCCGGUGAAUGCUGGAGCAGCUGGAACCUAUUUUAAUGCAGAUUUACUUAGUCUAAGAGUUGGUAAUGACAAUGUCACAACAGAAAGCGAAACCCCUCUGCUCGAUUUUCCCACCAGCCCAUUAUGGUCACAUGUUUUUGUGGAGAAUAAUGCUAAAGUAUUGGUUCCACUACUAUGGACCAGAGUUCAGGUGAGAGGACAAAUUAGUCUAUACCGUGGAGGCAGUAUCAUUUUUGGAUUAUCAAACUACCCCAUCUCAGAAUUUGAGCUUGUUGCCGAAGAACUGUUGAUGAGCGAUUCCACUAUAAAGGUUUUUGGUGCAUUUAGGGUUGCUGUCAAGAUGUUACUCAUGUGGAAUUCUAAAAUCCAAAUUGAUGGUGGUGGAAAAACUGUUGUUCCGGCCUCAAUACUUGAAGUCAGGAAUCUGGUUGUUCUGAGGCAAAAUUCAGUCAUUUGUUCAAACGCAAACUUGGGGGUUUAUGGUCAGGGACUGCUGAGGCUGACUGGUUAUGGUGAUGCAAUUCAGGCCCAGAGACUCUCUCUGUCUCUCUUUUAUAACAUAACUGUUGGGCAUGGUGCUUUACUUCAGGCUCCUUUGGAUGAUGAUGCUAGUAGAAGCACGAUUACAGAAUCCCUUUGUCAGAGUCAGACAUGCCCAAUGGAUUUGAUUACUCCACCUGAUGAUUGCCAUGUUAAUUAUACGCUGUCCUUUUCAAUCCAAAUCUGCCGUGUUGAGGACCUUCUUGUCAGUGGUAUUGUCAAGGGAAGUGUCAUCCACAUUCACAGGGCAAGGACUGUUACUAUUGGUAGCAAUGGUCUGCUGACAGCAUCUGAAUUGGGUUGCAGCGACGGUAUUGGGAAGGGAAACUAUUCAAAUGGAGCUGGUAGUGGUGCCGGACAUGGAGGAAGAGGGGGUUCUGGUUUUUUUAAUGGGAAAACUUGCAAUGGUGGCAAUAAAUAUGGCAAUGCGGACCUUCCAUGUGAAUUGGGAAGUGGAGCUGAAGGACCCAAUCACUCAAAUAUAAAUGUAGUUGGAGGGGGAUUGAUUGUGAUGGGAUCCAUCCAGUGGCCGCUCUUGGGGCUUGAUAUCCGUGGAUUUUUGAGUGCUGAUGGUCAAAGCUUUGGUAAAGCAACAAGAAACGGUAAUGGUUCUGUGAUUGGCGGAGUUGGUGGAGGUUCAGGGGGAACAAUCUUGCUUUUCCUUCAAGAGCUCAGGCUUGCAGGGAACUCAUAUUUGUCAGUUCUUGGGGGCAAUGGUGGUCCUCAUGGUGGUGGUGGUGGUGGGGGUGGUAGAGUUCAUUUCCAUUGGUCCAAGAUUGAUUUUGGUGAUGAAUAUGUGCCUGUUGCAAGUAUAAGUGGCUCCAUUAGCAGUAGCGGAGGUGCUGGGAAUAAUGGUGGUCGUUAUGGUGAAGAGGGCACUAUCACUGGGAAAAAAUGCCCCAAGGGCCUCUUCGGCACUUUCUGCACGGAAUGCCCCACAUAUAAAGAUACUGAUGGCUCUGAUGAAUCUCUUUGCAUUCCUUGUGCACUCGAUCGUAUUCCAAGUCGUGCUGAGUUCAUAUAUGUACGAGGCGGAGUUACUAAGUCAUCUUGUCCCUAUAAAUGCAUAUCUGACAAGUAUAGAAUGCCAAAUUGCUAUACUCCUCUUGAAGAGCUCGUUUAUACUUUUGGAGGCCCCUGGCCUUUUGCUAUUCUGCUGUCAUGCAUUUUGGUUCUUUUGGCUCUAUUAUUAAAUACUUUGAGGACUAAAUUCGUGGGAUCAGGUUCUUAUAACAGUUCACGUUCAAUUGAACACAGUCAUAAUCGUUUCCCAUAUCUUCUUUCCCUGUCUGAGGUGCGAGGAACCAGAUUUGAAGAAGCUCAAAGCCAUGUUCACCGGAUGUACUUUAUGGGUCCUAAUACUUUUAGAGAACCCUGGCAUCUUCCCUAUUCGCCUCCCAAUGCAAUCAUUGAAAUAGUGUAUGAAGAUGCUUUUAACAGAUUUAUUGAUGAGAUCAACUCUGUCACUGCCUAUGAUUGGUGGGAAGGAUCAGUGCAUAGUAUUCUAUCAGUUCUUGCAUAUCCUUGUGCCUGGUCCUGGAAACAGUGGCGCCGUCGAAGUAAAGUUCACCAGCUUCAGGAAUUUGUCAAAUCUGAAUAUGAUCAUUCAUGUCUCCGCUCCUGUAGAUCUCGAGCAUUAUACAAAGGGAUGAAGGUUGGAGCAACUCCAGACUUGAUGGUGGCGUACAUUGAUUUUUUCCUUGGUGGUGAUGAGAAACGUGUAGACAUGGUAUCCAUCAUACAGAAGAGAUUUCCUAUGUGCAUAAUAUUUGGUGGGGAUGGAAGCUACAUGUCACCUUACAAUGUUCACAGCGACACAUUGUUGACCAAUCUCAUUGGGCAGCAUGUUCCAGCAACUGUUUGGAAUCGCCUGGUUGCUGGUAUGAAUGCUCAGUUGAGAACAGUGAGGCAUGGAUCUAUUCGUUCUCACCUAAUCCCCAUUAUUAAAUGGAUAAAUAGCCAUGCAAACCCUCAACUUGAUUUUCAUGGAGUUAAAAUUGAGCUCGGAUGGUUUCAAGCAACGGCUUCUGGUUACUAUCAGCUUGGGGUAUUGGUAGUAGUGGGUGACUAUCCUCUUCAAAAUGUGGACCACUCUGGAGUAUUUGAUAGAAGCAACAGUGAACCUCCAAGGACCAAUACUUCAAGUGCAAGAACAAUUUUGAAGCAGUCGCACCAGAGCUUGCCAUAUAUAGGUCAUGCAUUGUCUAUCAAAAAGAUCACGGGAGGAAUUAAUGGGGGUCUUAUAAAUGAUACUACUUUGAGAUCGCUGGAUUUUAGAAGAGACUAUCUCUUUCCAAUUUCUCUCAUACUGCAUAAUUCAAGACCUGUUGGUCGUCAGGAAAUUCUGCAGCUGCUGAUUACGGUCAUGCUUUUGGCAGAUCUUUUUGUCACCCUUCUUACACUGCUACAAUUCUAUUGGGUUUCUCUUGGAGCUUUCCUUGCUAUCUUGCUUAUACUUCCUCUAUCCCUCCUUUCUCCAUUCCCAGCUGGGCUGAACGCCUUAUUCAGUAAGGAACCUAGAAGAGCUUCGCUUGCUCGUGUUUAUGCAUUGUGGAAUUCGACAUCUCUAUCUAAUAUUGCUGUUGCGUUUAUUUAUGGCAUUUGUCAUUAUGGAUUUUCCUCUUUCCAACCUCCUGAUAAGGCAAAUUCACGGAACCUAAGAAGGGAGGAUGACAAAUGGUGGCUUUUGCCUACUAUUCUACUGUUGUUCAAGAUAAUACAAGCUCGUUUCGUUGACUGGCAUAUAGCAAAUUUAGAGAUCGAAGAUUAUUCACUGUUCUGUCCAGAUCCAGAUGCUUUUUGGGCCCAUGAAUCGGGUUCAUGAUUCAUUCAAUCUUUAUGCAAUGGGGUAGCGGCUUUUUCUUUGUUAUUUUGCUGUCAGGAAAGAAGCGAUAUGUUCUGCUUUGGUACAGGUGCGUCUGCUUUGCCGGUGUACAUAAGUUAUAUAGAUGUACAAUGUAUUGUUUAUAGGGGUGCAUUUUUCCUUCACUGUGGCCAUAGUGGAGUGCAAAGAACAUAGGAAAUAGAUUUUUUUUUUUUUUUAAGCUAGGGGAUAGGAAAUAGAUUCAUUGUUCCAUUUUUUUUUUUUUUUCCCAACUAGGCGUUCUUUUGUUGUAAUAUAAGAAAGCUUUUUCUAUAGUAUAUGCAUUUAUUAUAUCCAUAUUCUCUCUCUCCUGUCUACCUCUCACUCUCUCUCAUCCACUUUCAGACAUAGUACACUACUUCUCAAAAUCAUUUUCCUGUUUAGUGAUCAAGAUUUAGCUUUGAGUUCAGUCAUGAGAGAUGUACAUAUAAUGGAGGUACAAAAACCGCUAGACAAGUGGAAAUGCCCCGAGUGUUUCAAAUUUACAAAGUCAUGCAUGUUCCAUCUUUGUUUA